UGUGCGUUGGAAAUCAGAGAGGGAGCCACAAGUCUGCAGGGCUAGUGCUCCACUACAAGCUGAAGAGAAAGACAGGAGGGAGGAGAGGAGAAGACAGGAGGAAAACAAUGCUGAUCUGCCUCUUCCCAGAGUUAGUCAGGAAAAGCUGCACAUUCUUUGCAGCGCUGUUGCUGAUUUUCCAAGGGGCAACUGAGGCAGAGGGAACCUUAGAGAGAAAAGCUGCAGCUGUGGGAUCCUCGGUGCUCCUGCCUGCACCAGACAACGUAAAGGGGAUGACGUUCCUGCAGUGGGAAUAUCUAAAUGGCACCACGUCCCACUUCAUUGUGCAGUACCACAAAGGUUCACCGGAUCCAACUGCCCACGCACCCUCUGGAGGCAGAGUCAUUUUCUAUCCAGCCAAUGGAUCCCUCUUGCUGGAAAAUGUGCAAGAGACAGACAAUGGGAUCUAUGCAGCAACGAUCAAUAUGGUAGAAAGCGAAGCCAGGAGAAUCCUGCUGCAAGUUCUCAAGCCUGUAUCCCGGCCUCAGCUAUGGAGCAAUUCUCUUCUGGUACAGUCAGCUAUUAAGUUAUUCUGUGAUGUGUCAGAGGGCAGAGUGGACACUAUUGUUUGGAAGAAGGAUGGGAAGCACCUUCCACAGGAGAGAGAUUUCCACCUCUCCAAAAAUCUCAGUAUUUUGAACAUACCAGAGGGGCAGAAAUCAGACUGUGGCUCCUAUUCCUGCAAUGUCAGCAAUGAGAUCAGCUGGCAGGAAUCCUCACUUAAUUUGACCAUUGCAGGUAUCUCACCUGCAUUGCAAGAUAGUCUGAGAAUUUCUGUGGUUGCAUUGGUGUUUGCUGCUGUCUCAGGAUGGGGCUUAAUUGUCCCAUUUUGUCAACCAGAGAAGCUAAGAAUUAGGGGACAGCUGUGGAGAUGGCUCAGUGCUUACAUUCAUGGGCUGGUGUGUGUCUCUUCUAUCCUGGCAUCUGCAGCUGCUCUGCUCUGGAUGCGAGAAGAAGGUCCCUCUGCUGCCUUUGUAUUGCCUGAAAUUCUCCUUACAUAUGUAAUACUGGUGACAUGCCUGCUAACAGCUGUAAUAACAGUCCGACCUCAAAAGCUCAAUGGGUUUACAAGCAAAGCAUCACACCGCACGCUGGACUUUGCUGCUCCUGGCGGGGUGAUUUUAGUUGUGCUGAUUGCUGUUCUCCUAAUAAAGAAGAUCCACCAACUCCAAGAAAAAGAUUGCACCGAGUCUGUUGAUUUAACCGCCACAGUUAGCAUGGCCGUAGCAUCCCUUCUUCCUCUCCUAGCAAUCUUUGCGUGCUAUCACAUUAACCAAACAUGGCAGAGAGAAGGACAGGACCCCAGAGGGCAAAUCAUGCAGGUGAGUCUUGAACACACUUCUGCUUGUCCUCUUCAGUAGGAGUCCAUUCACUUCUUUCAUGAGUCCCGUGUGUCUGCCUUUGUUUUCCUGUCUCAUUAGACCACUCCAGUCUUACCCUACAGGCUAAUAUUCCAAAUGUUUCUUAAUUGUUUUGGUUUCAUUGUGAGGCACAUAGUAUCGCUACUGAAUAAAUUGCCUCAAAAUAGUUAAAUGUCUUUUUUUUUUUGUCCUUCUUUUUUGGUGGGUUGAUUUUGUUUUCUAUUACUUUCCCUUCCUAUUUUUUUUCCAACCCAAACUUGUAAGGUAGGAGAGCUCAUUUUUAAAAACAAAAUAAUAUUUUAAACUAUCCCUUAGAUAUUAUUUAUUGAGAUUUUAUGAUGCCAAUGCUUAUACGCUUGGUGGUUUAUAAAGUGUAAGUAACUCUAAUCAGUACACAAAUUCUAACGGAAGAGGAAUCAAAUUACCAGAUAAGAGCCUGAUCAAAUUCUCAUACAGUGGAGGGUGGAUGGGGAUGGAUGAGUAGAUGGGUGGGUGGAUGAAUGGGGGAGGGCAUUGAAUCAGGAUCUAUAUCCACCUCUAUAUGUGGCCUAUUCAUCUAUCAAGUUAUCCCAGUAAAAAAUGCCCAUACAAGGUGGGUUAAGCAGCAUGUUCCAAGUUCUUGCUGACCAAGCGGGAGAUGGGUAUUUCAACUUCAUAGGGCGCUUCACAGAGUUUGUCCUGCAUGACCUCUCCAUAUAUGUGUAUCAUUAAUACAUAUGAAGUUAUGAGAAUUGUGUUCUAUGGUUGUCACUAAAACAUACUGUAAAUUGGGGAAUCAGACAGAUAUUAGCUCCCCAGAGGCAACAGCAAGGAAAGUAGCCAACACCCGGGUGGGGUGUCAAACAACCCAUCAACAGCCACUGUCCAGCAAAGGAGCCACAAUGCAAUGAUUCACCUGCAUGAGGCCACACCAGGGGAAUUGCUCAACCUUGCUUGGAGAGAUUCAGCAAUACCCCCCAGACAUGCCUGGACUUGUGCUCCCCAAGCACAUGGACUGAUGGUAUAAAACAGACAGAGUGGACACAUACUGGGCCCAUCUCCUUUCCCCACCUUUGCUGCAAGCAACUAAGACACCGAGAAGAAGACAAGACUCCAACGCAGGAGAUUAACCCAGGUUUAAGGAACAAACCGGUAUAUUAAGGACUGCAGUAUCCAGUGGGGUGAGAAAAAACUGCUUAAUCUAGAUG